UCUCAUGAUUAUCUAUCCACUAUUUGCCUGUUAAUAUUAACAAUAGGAGUAUGAUCCGAAUGAAGUGGAUCUUGCUUCCUUAACUGAUAGCAUGCCAACUCUAGCCAUGAGAUUUGCACUUGCAAUUAAUAGUUGUUCAGCAUUCGGUUAGGUGCCAAUGCAUAAGAAAUUUGGACGGCAUGUGGACAUCUUGAUACUGCAGGAUUCAGAUUCUUAAUGCUUAACGCACAGCAGGCAGGAGAAACAAACCAGCGUGUUACGAAGUAUCAAGAACGCUGUAGUCAACUGUUCCUUCCACUAGCAUGCAUCAACCAGCCUAGCCAACAGCAGUUCUAAUUGCACAGCUUUGCUCUCCAAUCUCAUGAUCUGAAUCUUAGACUAAACUAUGCACCCGUGCAGCAACUCUUUUUAUUACCAUACUAUUUUUCUUGUGCAAAAUGAUUUGGAGGGGGCUACAAAUACCCCUUGUUCUAACAAAUGUUUUGGACUGAAGGUAAACUUCUGUCGGAGUGAAAUAUCUGGCAUAGCAAAUAAAAUGUAAAUCCACGAAAUAUUAACCUGUGAGUCGAAAUAGGGAAUCUUUUCUGUUGUUCAGCCCUUAUAAAAAUGAUACAUCUAUUAUCUCACGAGUUUAAGAGAGAUGGAUAUCUCUGGCGAAGCGUGCACAUAUUAUGAGCUAGAAAAGAUCCUUUGCUGCCGGUACUUGCAACAUGACAGUGCGAUAAUAAGCUAAUUAUUCAGGAGCUGCACCUAAUGGGUCUAGAAUCAGAUGAUUAAACACGUUUUGGGAGCCUGGAGGUGAGCGAAGUCAAAUAGCUGUCCAUGCUUCCACCGGCAACUUGCAUGUUAAUUAACGGAUCACACGAUAUUAUGAAUCUGAUGCUAACUCCCCCUUCACCCGUGCUGCUCAUUUUGCCACCCAUAAUGCAGGACAUGACAGCAGACAGCCUUGUAAUCAAGCUCAACUAGUGAUGCCCCUUGAGAAAUAAUUGUUGUUGUCUGCUUAUUUCAGCUGUGCAGUUGCUUCAACUUAUGUCCCUAUAUAAAGAGGGAGCCCAGAGCUGGGAAGACACCAUCGCAGCAGCUUGACUUCUCUUCCAUCCUCCAGCGAGAAGAGGCUUCGUAGCUUCUGUUCCAUUCCAUUUCCAAGCAUGGCCUGCCACCUGAGAUCCGCGAGUGUGCCCUCAAGCCCUCGCUCCAACAAAACCAACGUGGAGGAACAGCUCCAGAGCCUGAAGGCGACCAUCUCUUCACCCUCCGCGACAGUCCAAACCAUCGUUGAUGGCCUGUCCAGGCUCGUGAGCAUCUACAGCUGCAUUGAUGAGCUCGCAUACUUGCCCAGCACCAGCAGCCAGCGUCAGCAGAGGAAAGCAGUGGAGGAGGAGCUAGAGCGCUCCCUUGUUCUGCUGGACCUCUGCAGCGCCAUGCAAGAAAGCUUGGCGGAGCUCAGGGUGCUCGCCCAAGAGAUGCUGCUGGGUCUGAAGAGAGGAGACGAUGUGGCUGUCCAGGCCAAGGCUCAGUCUUAUGCCCGCUUGGCCAAGAAGGUGCAGAAGCAGUUCAAGAAGACUAGCAACAAGGUUGCUCUUGAGGACACUGAAAGCUGCAGGGUGGUCAAGCUGUUGUCUGAAGCCAGAGAGAUCGCUCUGUCGAUGCUGGAGUCGGCACUGUAUCUCCUGUCAAGGGAGAUCGUGAUGCCAAGCGCCAACAGGUGGUCUCUUGUCUCCAAGGCAUUCCAGAAGAAAAGAGUCGCGUGCAGGGAGGAGCAGUUGCAGGUGUUGGAGUUGGAGAUUGCUGACCUUGAGAGCGAGGUUCAGGUUGUCUUCAGGAGACUGAUCCAAUGCAGGGUCUCGCUUCUGAAUGCUCUUACCCUGUAGAAAGGUCAUGCACCAACCAACCAACUCCAAUAGCCUGCGAUUAGCAUCCACCUUUUAGAGGAUUGGCUGAUCACCAGAACAAUUUUGAUGUAUAUAUUGAGACAAAGUGUACAGAAAAAUAGUUGAUGAAAGAGCAAGAUUUCGAUCCAUAUCAUGUCCCAAACUGUCUGCUACUAUAUUUCUUCUCCUAGCUUGACAUGGAAAACACAAAACAAAUCACCUGAAAUUGGGAGCUUCAGCUGAAGUUUAGCUCGAAAAAAAUAUAUUAAGAAGAUGCUCUUCAUGUUUGGUAUCAUCAAAGAAAUUAGUCGAUGAGAUGCCCACGUUUAUAUUCACAUGGAUGUGCCUCAACAACAGGCACAAGAUUCUUGCAAAGUAGAUCUUGCUCUCUUUAACCAAUAA